UCCGUCUCAUAGCAGCCGUCAGUAGUUGCUAACCGCUGUUAGCUCCUGUUAGCUCCUGUUAGCGGCUGCUGUUAGCUGACCCGCAGCUCACAGCUCAUCUUUAACCUGAGGAACAAUCAAACUGAGUGAGUUUAAUCUGAAAUGAGUCCUGACACCGUGUCAGACAGGCUAGCUGCGAGCUAACCUGCUCCACUAGCAACAGCUGCUAGCUCCGGCUAACAGAGCUAAGCUGCUAGCUGCUGCGUCUCUCAGUCUGCUGCUUCCUAAAGGAGAAAACAAAGAAAACAAAGAGGAGAAAACAUCCAGAUGUGUUGAGAUGGAGGAGUAACAGCUGCAGGAGGAGUACCAGUCUGAGCUCCGUGAGGAAGAUCAUCAUCAUCAUCAUCGUCUUCAUCGUCAGAGACAUGCUGACGUAGAACGGUUCUGCAGCAGUGAGAACACAGAACCACAGAGAACAUGUCUGAGAACCAGGCCAACAACAACAACGUUCCUCUGAACAACAACAACAACAACAUGGGACCCAACCGGAUCCGGAACCCCAACAUCAACCAGAACCCGCUCAUCAACGUCCGGGACCGCCUCUUCCACGCUCUCUUCUUCAAGAUGGCCGUCACCUAUGCCCGCCUCUUCCCCCCGUCCUUCAGGAGGGUCUUCGAGUUCUUCGUUCUGCUCAAGGCGCUCUUCGUCCUCUUCAUCCUCGCCUACAUCCACAUCGCUUUCUCCCGCUCCCCCAUCAACUGUCUGGAGGCGGUGAGGGAGCGCUGGCCUCGUGACGGCAUCCUGCGGGUGGAGAUCCAGAGGAACUCCAGCCGAGCUCCCGUCUUCCUGCAGUACUACGACUCCACGGGCUUCCAGGAGGAGCUGGAGCCCGAAGAGGGAGGAGGAGGAGCAGGAGGAGGAGGAGGAAGAGGAGGUAAAGGGAGAGUGCCGGGACUCAGCCUGGCAGCGCUGCAGGAGGAGGAGGAGGAGGAGGAGGAGAUGACCCUGGAGAUGUUUGAUAACAGCUCAGUGCAGUUUGAGCUGGACAUGGAGCCUCGUCUGAAGCCCAUCGGAGGAGGAGCAGGAGGAGGUGCAGGAGGAGGAGCAGGAGGUGUGAACGACAGCCAGGACGUCUCCUUCAGCCAGACCACUAAAGGUAUGCAGCCGCUGCAGGACUCUGUGUCUGAGCUGGAGAUGAUAACCAGAGCAGUGUGGCCUCAGGAGGAAUACAUCGUGGAGUAUUCUCUGGAGUACGGGUUCCUGCGUCUGUCUCAGAGCACGAGGCAGAGACUCAACAUCCCCGUCAUGGUCGUCACUCUGGAUCCGAUGAAGGACGAAUGUUUCGGUGACGGGUUCAGUCGGUUCCUGCUCGACGAGUUCCUCGGAUACGACGACAUCCUGAUGUCCAGCGUGAAGGCGCUCGCUGAGAACGAGGAGAACAAAGGGUUCCUGAGGAACGUGGUCUCUGGAGAACAUUACCGCUUUGUCAGCAUGUGGAUGGCUAGAACCUCGUACCUGGCCGCCUUCGUCAUCAUGGUCAUCUUCACUCUGUCCGUCUCCAUGCUGCUCAGAUACUCUCACCAUCAGAUCUUCGUCUUCAUCGUGGACCUCCUCCAGAUGUUGGAGAUGAACAUGACCAUCGCGUUCCCAGCAGCCCCUCUGCUCACCGUCAUCCUCGCCUUGGUCGGUAUGGAGGCCAUCAUGUCGGAGUUCUUCAACGACACGACGACGGCGUUCUACAUCAUCCUCAUCGUCUGGUUGGCCGAUCAGUACGACGCCAUCUGCUGCCACACCAACACCAGCAAACGCCAUUGGCUGAGGUUCUUUUAUCUUUAUCACUUCGCCUUCUACGCCUAUCACUACCGCUUCAACGGACAGUACAGCAGCCUCGCUCUGGUCACUUCCUGGCUCUUCAUCCAGCACUCUAUGAUAUAUUUCUUCCAUCACUACGAGCUUCCUGCCAUCUUGCAGCAGAUCAGGAUUCAGGAGAUGUUGUUACAGAACCAGCAGGGAGGUCAGAACCAGACGGCUCUGCAGGACAGCCUCAACAACAACAACAGUGCUGCCGCCGCCGCCGCCGCUGCUGCCGCUGCUGCAGGAGGAGCAGGAGGAGCAGGAGGAGGCACAGACCCCACACAGCCAGCACCCACCUCCUCCACACAGCCUCCACCCGACCCUCAGCCCUCCUCCACCUCCUCCUCUCCUGCAGCCGUGGGAGGGGAUGUGCGGUCGGAGCUGAACUGGGUCGCUCAGACGGCCGCCAUCAUCACCGAGGCUCUGUCCUCCUCCGGCCAGCAGGGAGACGCAGGAGGAGGAGGAGCAGGAGGAGCAGCAGGAGGAGGAGGUCAGAGGUCAGCAGGAGCAACAGAGAUCAGCGUGGUGGCCGAGUUCUGGAUGGCAGGAGCAGUAGGAGGAGGAGGAGGAGCAGGAGGAGGAGUAGAAGCAAGUGUAGGAGGAGGUGCAGGAGGAGGUGGAGGAGCAGCAGCAGGAGGAGGAGGAGGAGGUGCAGGAGGUGAAGAGGAGCAGAGUGUAACGGUGGAUCCAAACGUAGUUUCAGUAGAAAUUAAAGCCACGGCAGGAGGAGCUGAUCCUCCAGCCACGCCCCCUUCUCCUCCUCCUCCAAUCAGAGGGCCCCAGGAGGAGGAGGCGGGGCCCUCGGAGGCGGGGCCAGCAGGUGCGGCCCCCCCACAGACAGACUGCCCCCCCUCACAGAGUUCAGGUACAGACUGGAACUGCAGAGUGCCGCAGAGCUCACACACAUCCUGAGAGUCACCUGACCUGCCCCCACCUGUGCUACCUGUCAGCUGAUCGGCCCAUUGAUCAGCUGAUCGGCCCCAUUGAUCAGCUGAUCGGCCCAUUG